AUGUUUAGGCAGCCGAGACAGACUCAGCCGGACAGGUUCUCCAUGAGACUCGGCACCGUACUCCAUCCUCUCACAGUGAUUCCUUGGGGUCCUCUCGCAUUGUCGUAUCUGGGCGUGCCUAUCGGUGUUGGGGCUACCAUGAUUGUUUUACAGGAUCACGACUAUACAUCCGCCAUUCAAAAGCUCGAGAACACGGGGUUCACCCGUAGUGUUCUAAACCGUAACCUAGCUCCCGAGAUUAUAGAGGAUCACCCAACCCCACAACAGAUGUUAGAGGAAAUAAAUGCAGGCUAUAAACGCGUAGAUCGUUUAUGUGCAGUAUUCGAUUAUCCAUGCGGUGAUCCAGCGGAAAAAGGCUUACAGAGAUACAGCCAGAACAAGCAAUAUGAUACCUACAGCAACCUACACUACCCACUUGAACCAAUACUAGUUGAAAGUUUUGUCAAGGCUGCGAUCGACGAAGAAACAGACGCUGGAUUUUCCGCAUGGGGCGAGUUAUUAAAGUGCUGGGUAUCUAUGAUAACGGCAUACCUAGAGGUUGAUAAUAAUAUUCUCGAUUAUUGUUUGGAUAAGCAGGCGGUGGGAUGGUAUAGUGUCCGUUUUGGCCGAAUCCACGAGGCCAAAUUUGGCCCUAUGGAUCGGCGUAUUUCGAAACGUCUGGGCUCAGGCAAAGAGCUACCAAUGAUAUGA